UGGCAUUUAUCUCUUCUUGUGUCAUUUUAAAUGCAGUUCACAGUACAUGAUUGUAUAAUCUUUACAUUUCAAAAUAAAAAUUAAUAUAUUACUUUGCAGGGCUACAAUUUUGUCAUGAUUUGAUGGCAUUUAUAUCUCUUCUUGUGUCAUUUUAAAUGCAGUUCACAGUACAUGAUUGUACAUGUAUAAUCUUUACAUUUCAAAAUAAAAAUUAAUAUAUUACUUUGCAGGGCUACAAUUUUGUCAUGAUUUGAUGGCAUUUAUAUCUCUUCUUGUGUCAUUUUAAAUGCAGUUCACGGUACAUGAUUGUUCAUGUAUAAUAUUUACAUUCCAAAAUAAAAAUAAAUAUAUUACUUUGCAGGGCUACAAUUCUGUCGGAGCCUUAAAGAUUCCCGCCAAAACUGAAGCAGCUAUGCGGUUUGUCGUGGUGUUUGCGACGCUGUUGGCGGUCGCGUGCGGAGCAGACGAUCUCCUGACAUUGCUACAGAAGAUCCACAACAACCCGUCUUACGACCACCUGAGUCAGGAACACAAGAUCAUGGUGUCUGAGAUGCUGGCCGAGGGAACAGUGGGGGAGCUCAGGAAAUACAUACACACCAUGGGACCGCUCAAGUUUCUCGACUUGCUGCUCGCUUUCCCAGAACAUGAAACAUACGAGUUGCUUCAAUUUACAAGUGCGCACCUGCAUGCAGAAAAAAAUCUCAUACACCACCGCCCCCUGGCAUUGUGAAGAAGGAGAUUUAAUCGACAAUAUCAGAACAUCUAUUUGUACAAAAAAAUCAAUAAAAUAUUUUUAAAUAUUUGCUAGUCACAUACUUUUUUUUUUUUUAAUUGUCAUACAAUGAUGUAUACUACUAAAUGAAUAUUAAAAUAAUGCAUUUUUUGAUUACUUAUAAUGCAUGUAGAUAAUAUGGCUGUUACGAUACACCUACUUCAUAAUACAUAAUCCGUGAUACGCAUAUCAUGGGACACUGGCUAGAACACCCCCACCCCCCCCCCCCCCACCCUUGAAAAAAAAUCUCAACAACAAAAGCAACCCCCAAAAAACCCCGCACCCCAAAAAAACCCAACAACAACAAAACAUGACAACAAAACAAGAGCAUUUAACAUGAACCACAUUUUAUUUGGGUGCAGCCUUGAUUUCGAGAACUGUAACAAAUGCAUAAUAACCUAUUAAUCAUAAUAUAUACCCGUCACCAAGCUGAAGACCAAUUAUAGGGCAGUUAAUGUUAAUAAAUAAUGUCAUGGAUGAUUAAUAAACAAACAAACAGAGUUUCAGUUAUAACAAUGAUCACAAACCUUAAUUAAGAACAAGAACGAAAUACCCCAUCUUUGUAUGAAAAAUACGAAUUCGUCUCAAGCGCAUGUACAGAGAUGGGCUACGGUGGUCGAACCCCGCGCACAAGAAAUUUCCCCCCCCCCCCCCCCCCCCCCCCCCCCCCAAUACAUUUUCCUGGGGAACAUGUCGUAAGACCCACCUCUAUAAUCUUCAUUUGCCAUAGUAUUGACUCCCCUGGUAACAUUCCGGUACGCGCACCUGCGCUUCUAUAAAAAAAAGUUUUUAUAUCCGAUUUGAAACCCUAAUCCCCAAACUUUUGCAGUACAGACUAAUAUAUGGGUGUGAGUAAAUUAGGGCGUGCUUCCAUCAGAGAACUGUUAAAGAACGCCUGACAUGGACACAACUUUUGACUUUACCAGAGUUUUGUCCAAGACAGGUAAACAAAUUUCCUUUUUUGUUUAAAUUUAUUGAUAAGGAAAGCACACAUUUUAAAUUAAAAAAUGUCACAUUAUAUUGCACACAAAUAAAAUCAGAAAAACUUUGCACUUUUAUGUCACUUAGUGCAAUUUUAAACUAAUAAAAUCCCUGUCUUUGUCUUGACAGUAUAAAUUUGGUACAAAAGGGUGAUUCACAUACAUUAAUUGAAUAAAACCUUUGCUACAUGAAUUAUAAUUAUUACAAAUAUAAACGAUGUGUAAUAAAAGAUGUUGUUAUAUCAUUAAAGAAACACCUCUUCUUUUAGACAUUCGUGUUUGCCUAUUCUCUUUCAUUUUAAUGAAGACUGCUUUAAAACUUCUGUACCUAAAUUGAUUCCAAAUUGAGUCAUCAAAUAAAUAUUACAACUCCCGAAUUGUUUCUUUACCGGUAAUUUAUUAAAGGAACCCGUAUAUGAUUAUAUAUAUGUGAGGUGGGUUUAUUUUGCAGGGUUUUUUUCUUUCUUAUUUUUCAGAGAACUAAAAAAUUUCUGGAGAUCCAAGAUGUGUUGUGUGCAUAAAUA